CACGGUGGAUAGCAAGUGUCCAAAGAAGUAACUGAGAUACUAUCAAAGCUUAUUUCAGUUUAGGCGUGGAAGUGGAAGGAAACGUCUGAAUGGAAGCAAUGGUGAGAAGAAGAAAUCAGUAGAUGCUUCAGUAACAAAUGGGGUCUUGGUUACGGCCUCUCUUGGCUCAAACCCUUAAUUGGGUUUCCGCUCAAAACCUCCAGAAAUAUGGAGCUGUUUUGAAUAGGUUCCUACCAGGCAUCCUGGCAAAUGAGGAGGUAACAAAAAGGGCAUUGCAAGAUGAGAUAUCAAAAAAUGUUGAGGAAGUACAGAAAAUCAUAGGGUACGACUUUAAUGAUCCGAAUUUAUUGCGGCAAGCUUUUACGCAUCCGUCGUAUCACAAGGACUGUAUAUCUUAUGAGCGGCUCGAGUAUGUGGGUGACUCGGUUCUUAACCUUAUGAUCACAAAACAACAGUUUUUUAAGUAUCCAAAUCUUCCACCUGGGUUGUUGUCACCUCUACGUGCUGCAAAUGUUGACACAGAGAAGCUUGCGCGUGCUGCUGUUAAGCAUAGCUUCCACAAGUAUUUACGGCACGAAAAGCCUAUACUUACCCGACGGAUUCAAUCAUUUAUAAAUGUUCUUCCUGAGUAUCCUUUGCAUUCCCAUGGAUUGAUAAAUGCUCCAAAGGUGCUUGCUGAUGUUGUUGAAUCAACAAUAGGAGCAGUAUUUAUUGAUAGCAAUUCUUCAAUUGACACUACCUGGGAGGUAGCGAAGACUCUAUUAGAGCCCAUAAUUACACCUGAAAUGCUUCAAACAAAUCCAGUGAAGAAGCUCUAUGAGACCUGCCAGAAGCAUAAACUUAAAGUUCGAGUGGUCGAUAUGUGGUCACAUGAUGGGAGUUUUGAAGUUUUUGUUGACAAUGAAAUGAGGGGAAAAGGCAUGUGCCAUGUGAAGAAAGAAAUUGCAUUGAACAGAGCUGCAAACAAGGCAUAUAAUGAAGUUAUUGGAAUGCUAAGUGUUGGCAAUAUGAAUAUAUAGCUAAUAGCUAUUUAUCUGGCAUUAGAAAUAGAACUAUUUGUCUCUAUUGUGUUCUUAUUGCAAGUUGGAAUAGAGACUUAUUGUUUUGAAAAAUCCACAGGGCAUUUUUUGAUCGAGUUAAAUUUAGACAAAAUUAUUUGCUUU